AUGCAAACAGCAGGACUAACAAACUAUUAUAGAAACUCCUCUCUACCUACAGAGGAGGCGCACGAGGAGCAAGCCGACCAGUGCAGUAGGUUUUUCAAGGUCUUGAAAGUAGAAUAUCCAAAGUUCUUCUCUAUGGCCUUCCUUUACUUCUGCAUUGUGCUGGCAUACUCCAUACUAAGAGACACAAAAGACGCAGUAGUGAUGGAUAGAAUGUUACCGGCAUCUAUUCAAUAUCUUAAGUCAACGCUAGUAAUGGCAGCCACUAUGGGGUUCGCCAUUGUGUUCCAGCUGCUUCUCGCAAAGGGAGCUACGCUGGAAAAGCUCAUGUUCGUAUUCAACGCUGGAUUCGGUAUAUUCUUCGCAAUAUACGCCACGCUCCUUCUCCCAAAUGUCGAGCACAUUGAGCCGUACAAGUUUUGGAUUUGCGAUAUUUUCGCAGACAAGAAAAUGUACAUUAACGGGUUGGAGGCUCUCCAAGGACUUUUCCUUACCGUUAACUUCUGGACAGGAACGCUUCUGUACAUAACGGCAGAACUCUGGGGUAACGUCAUGACUUCCGUCAUGUUCUUUGCAGUGGCUAACGAAAUCUGCCCGUUCAGACAGGCGCUCAGAUUCUACCCGCUCUUCAUUAUCGGAGCUAACUUGGGACUCAUCUCGUCUGGGCUGCUUAUGCUAGGAAACUACUACAUGCUCACAGGGAUGCCACAGUACAAGACAUGGAUUGUAAGCGGAUUCAUUCUCGCCGUGGCAUGCAUUUGCGGUAUAAACAUAUUCACGUACAGACACCUUGUCAAGAAUAUCAUACCAUACCCCAUCUACAUCAUGGCAGACGCAGGACAGCCGAAGAAGAAGGGCAAGGAAAAGGUCGGAAUUAUCGACGGGUUCAAGAUCAUGCUUAAGACCCCAAUUGUCUUCCACUUGUCCAUCACAGUGCUCGGAUAUGGAAUCUGCACCAACUUGACAGAGGCCGCAUUCAAGUCCGCAGUGAGAAGUAAGUCAAAGGCUGACGGUCAGGAUGUCAUGACUAACUUUGUCUUCACACAGGGAAUGCAGCAGAUAUGCAUUGGAUGCAUUGUUAUCUGCAUUCUUUUCUCGCCAAUCAAGUCGCUCAUCCAGAAGAAGGGAUGGCUUUCCCUGGGAAUGAUCACGCCUUUGUGCUCGCUCCUGGCAGCCCUGCCCUUCCUUUCGCUUGUGUGGGCAAACUCGUCUGUAACAGUCACAGGAAAAGACGCCCAGAACCUCCUUAACCGAUUUGGAAAGUCCCUUUUCACCUCGAUUGGAUGGAACUCGCUCACCAAAUUGGAGUACAACGUUGGAUUCUGCGCUGUUAACAUGAUUAAGAUCUUGAAGUACGCAGCCUUCGACGUGGGUAAGGAGGCUAUUGGAGUAAAGAUCCCAAAGCAGUACAAAGCCAGGUUUAAGGGAGUGUAUGACGGUGUGUGUGGUAAGCUCGGAAAGUCUUUCUCGUCAAACAUACAGAUAGUUAUUUUGGGGUUGUUCAACUUGUCUGAUAUUAGAACGGCAGCACUGCUGCUUGUGGUAACUGUGCUCGUUGUCGCGUCCGUCUGGAAUGCUUCCACCAUCUACUUGGGAAGGAAGUACGAUGAGGCCGUGCGAGAGGACAGAGACCUUUACAUCGGAGAAAUUGAGGAGUCUACUAAACAGCUAAAGAGAGACAACACGCUCGUUUAA